UCACUUUAUUAUCCGAUUGGUUAAAAGUAUCACUGACGCGCCAAAAUCUGUAACCUAAUCCAAUCCAAUUUUCUGUUAGCAGUAGCAUAGCAGCAAAAAGGAUAAGGAAGACGAAGAAGAAGAAGAUAACAGCGAAUCUUAAAAAGCUUUUCAAUCUGCUGCAGCAAGCAACAUGGCAAUAGCUGCGGCUACUUGCUGCUUCACUGCUCUAACCUCCACCAUUAAAUUCCGCUGUUAUGCUUCUUCUCAACGGCACCUCGCCACGACGUCGCAUCGGUCCAUUACCGCUAUCACUGCUUCCGAACACAGUAAACGUCGAGGUUCAUCGUCUUCUUCAACUGAUAAAGCCAAUAGUAAAAAUAAAGAAACGGCGUCGCAGAAGAAGAAGUAUCGGAAUGGAAAUGGAGGUAGUUCGGAGAGCGAGAAAGCUCAAUCUACGGCUUAUAGGUCAUUUGGAUUGCAAAGAAAGGAUAAGAAGGAGUUUCAAUUUGAUUCUAAUGAGCAUCAGAUUGAGUCAGGAAACCUUCAGGAUAUGGCUUUUUUAAAUGCUGUUGUCAAGGUUUACUGCACUCAUACUGCUCCUGAUUAUUCACUUCCUUGGCAAAAGCAAAGGCAAUAUACAAGCACUGGAAGUGCAUUUAUGAUUGGGGAUGGAAAACUUUUGACAAAUGCGCAUUGUGUUGAACAUUAUACACAAGUCAAAGUGAAGAGAAGAGGAGAUGAUACUAAAUAUGUGGCAAAGGUCUUAGCCAGAGGAGUUGAUUGUGAUAUAGCAUUACUUUCAGUAAAGGAUAAGGCAUUCUGGGAAGGAGCUGAACCACUUCAAUUGGGACGGUUGCCUCGUCUUCAGGAUGCAGUAACUGUUGUGGGAUAUCCUCUUGGAGGCGACACAAUUUCAGUGACAAAGGGAGUUGUAUCACGUAUAGAGGUUACAUCUUAUGCUCAUGGAUCAUCAGAUUUGCUGGGUAUUCAAAUUGAUGCGGCCAUAAAUCCUGGUAAUAGUGGUGGUCCUGCAUUCAAUGAACAAGGGGAAUGCAUUGGGGUGGCAUUUCAGGUUUACAGAUCUGAAGAAGCUGAGAAUAUCGGAUAUGUGAUUCCAACAACUGUGGUGUCUCAUUUUCUGGAUGACUAUGAGAGGAAUGGAAAAUACACUGGCUUCCCUUGCCUUGGUGUAUUGUUGCAAAAGUUGGAAAAUCCAGCACUGCGCACAUGCCUAAAAGUAGAGUCUAACGAGGGUGUGCUGGUACGGCGAAUUGAACCAACUUCUGAUGCAAAUAAUGUCUUAAAGGAGGGGGAUGUGAUUGUGAGCUUUGAUGACGUUAACGUAGGGUGUGAAGGGACAGUGCCCUUUAGAUCGAAUGAGCGCAUUGCAUUCCGUUAUCUCAUUAGUCAAAAAUUUGCUGGUGAUGUGGCAGAACUUGGUAUCAUUAGAGCAGGCUCACUCAUGAAGGUUAAAGUAGUUCUGAAUCCAAGAGCGCACUUGGUUCCUUAUCAUAUUGAUGGAGGUCAACCUUCUUAUUUAAUAAUUGCUGGUUUGGUAUUUACGCCCCUCUCAGAACCACUGAUAGAUGAAGAGUGUGAAGAGACUAUAGGGUUGAAACUACUAGCGAAAGCACGCUACUCUUUGGCGAGAUUCAAAGGGGAACAAAUGGUUAUCCUAUCACAGGUCUUAGCAAAUGAAGUCAACAUUGGAUACGAGGACAUGAGCAAUCAGCAGGCAAUGAAGUUUAACGGUGUCCGGAUAAAAAACAUUCAUCACUUGGCCUAUCUUGUUGAUUCAUGCCAAGACAAAUACUUAAUUUUUGAGUUUGAAGACAAUUAUCUUGCUGUAUUGGAGAGAGAACCAGCUACUGCUGCUUCAUCCUGUAUUCUCAGAGAUUACGGGAUACCGUCAGAAAGAUCUCCCUGUCUGUUGGAGCCAUAUGUGGAUUCACAGGGGAAUAACCAAGUCACAGAACUUGAUUCACUCGGUGACAGUCCGGCUUCAAAUAUGGAAAUUGUCAACGACGGAAUCCUCUGGGCGUAAUUUGAAUUUACGUCCCAAUUUUUCUUUUGCUAGGCCCAUAGCUAAAAAAACCUACUUUUUUACGGAGCCUAGCAUAGUUGACAAGCUUGAGAGUCUACAAACCGGUGGCACAAUUUCUGCACAUUUCUUGAGUUGCUAUUGCAGCUUUAAUUUAUUUUUUAUUUAUUUCUUUCUUAUUUUCACCAUUUUCUUUAUUUUUCCUUUAAAUUUUGGUUGGGUGGUUUGGUUUUCCAAAACCCAUUUGUACCGAUUUUCUGUUGCAUUGUUCAAGUUAGGGAGUAGUUAGUUAGUAGUGUGCUGUGUACUGUGUACAGGUAGAGAGCUGCAAGCAGCCUUUAAUUUUUCUUUGAACAAUAAAAAUAAUGUACCAUUAAUUUAUAUUGAUCAGCUUCUACUGUA